CACAUGCCUCUCAUAAAUACUCCCGCAUUCGCACACCUUCACUGUUGAUGUAACUCCCCCAUCCCCCACCCCCCAAACGCCUCAUCUCUAUACAUCAGCGCUUUCAUCCGAAUCUUCAAACCAACGAUGUUAAUGGCAUUGAUUUCAUCCCAUUUGUCCAUCUUCACUUUCCUUCUCUUCCUCUCCUCUACCGCCUUCCCCUUCACCCAUUCCGCCGCCCAGUACUACCUCAAGCUACCACUCCUCCAUAAAGACCCUUACCCUCCUACCCCAUCCGAGGCCCUAUCCGCCGACAACCAUCGCCUUUCUACCCUCUUCUCCGUCCUCCGCAAGCACCCCCAUCCCAAGCUUCCUGUCAACUCCGCCGCAUCCUCAGGCUCCGGCCAGUACCUCGUCUCCCUCCACCUCGGUACCCCUCCACAGCGUCUCCUCCUCGUCGCAGAUACAGGGAGUGAUCUCACCUGGGUUUCCUGCUCCGCCUGCCGCAGCCAUUGCUCCCCACGCGCCACCUUCUUCCCUCGCCGUUCCGCCACGUUCUCACCCUACCAUUGUUUUGACUCCGCUUGCACGCUUGUCCCUCACCCCAAGAAGGCACCGCAUUGCAACCGUACCCGCCUCCAUACCCCUUGCCGCUACGAGUACUCCUACUCCGAUGGGUCUAUCACCAAUGGAUUCUUUUCACGCGAAACGACGACGUUCAACUCUAGCGCCGGCAAACUGUUGAAGUUUCAGCGUUUGUCCUUCGGCUGCGGUUUCUGGAAUUCUGGGCCGAGCGUUUCGGGCCCAAGCUUCAAUGGAGCUAAUGGAGUUUUGGGCUUGGGCCGCGGCCCGAUUUCAUUUUCAUCCCAAUUGGGCCGAGUGUUUGGGCACAAGUUUUCUUAUUGCUUAAUGGAUUACAGUCUGUCUCCACCACCAACGAGCUAUCUUCUUAUCGGCGGUGGCUUGGGAAACGGAGCCGUAAGGAAAGCCAAGUUGAGCUACACUCCGCUGCUAAUCAACUCUCUUUCCCCAACAUUUUACUACAUUGGGAUCGAGAGUGUGUUUAUUGAAGAUAAAAAAUUACGCAUUAGCCCCUCGGUUUGGGCUAUAGAUGAACUUGGAAACGGUGGGACAGUGUUAGAUUCAGGGACAACCUUGACAUUUUUAGCUGAGCCAGCUUAUCGAAGAAUCCUAGCCGUGUUCCAGCGGCUAGUCAAGCUGCCCAAGUCGUCUGACCCAAACUUAGGGUUCGACUUAUGUCUAAACGUGUCGGGCCUAUCGAGAACAAGUUUACCCCAACUGAGUUUCAGACUCAGUGGGGGCGCGUUGUUCUCACCGCCACCUCAAAACUACUUCAUCGACACGGCAGAGGGCGUCAAAUGCUUGGCAUUGCAGCCUGUAGUAUCGGAAUCGGGCUUUUCAGUAAUCGGAAAUCUUAUGCAACAAGGGUACACGUUCGAGUUUGAUAAGGAUCGAUCGCGAUUAGGUUUCACACGACACGGUUGCGCCGUGCCAUAACUCACUCAAAUUACGAGAUUAUUUGGUUGGUUGGUUCUUGAUAUUAAUUAAGAUUUACAUUUGAUUUGGGUAGAAAAAAUGGUUUUCUAUUUGAUGUUUAUUUAUAGUCUGGGGGAGUGAUUAUUAGAUUUGGGCAUGGUGAUGGCGGGGUACCAUUUAUUUUUAUUUUUAUUUUGGUGAUUGUGUCUUUUUGCAUGACACGGAGAACAGCCAAUGUGCAGAAUAAAAGCUUGUUGUCUUUUUGUUGCUUUU